UUCUAGUGAAACGUCCGGUGGGUGAGACGCUGUUACGUGAUAAAACUAGUAGUGCCGCCAUUUUGUUUUGUAACUGUAAUUGUUAUUUUUAAGAUCGAUUUCUCGUUUAUUGCACUGAAUAUUGAAUAUUAAACAGCAAAAAUGAGCUACGGGAGACCACCGCCGCGUAUAGACGGCAUGGUUUCACUUAAAGUGGACAAUUUAACGUAUAGAACAACGCCGGAAGAUCUGCGUCGCGUUUUUGAAAGGUGUGGCGAUGUCGGGGACAUUUAUAUACCACGAGACCGAUAUACGCGUGAAAGCAGAGGAUUUGCAUUUGUCAGGUUUUUCGACAGACGAGAUGCUGAGGAAGCAUUAGAUUCACUCGAUGGGCGUAUGCUGGAUGGAAGGGAACUUCGCGUUCAAAUGGCGCGUUACGGCCGACCCUCUUCACCUUACAGAAGCCGCUACGACCGUCGGAGAAGCUACUCGCGUUCACGGUCUCGUUCACGUCGUCGAUCCAGGUCUCGCUCGAGGAAGCGCUCUUACUCGCGCAGCCGCUCCCGCUCGCGGUCCCGCUCUCGCUCGCGCUCGGACUCCAAGAGUUCACGCGGCCGGACUCGAAGUCGCUCACGCAGCCGCUCGCGCUCCAGGCAUUGAACUGCUGUGUUGAGUGUACCAUGGUGAGCUGAAGGGCUGAGCUCCCUGCGUCUGAGCUGACAGCCUUCGGCCCAGGGCAUGGAGUAUGCGGGGAGCGAGGCUGUUUGCGGGGAGGGGGGGUUUGCAGUUUGCUGACAACUGCUGAAUUGCUGUUGUUGCAGAUCCAAAGUUAUGAGUAAACUUUUAUAUUUAUUGCAAUCCAAGACAUGCAUAAUUAGGUCCAGAAGUAUUUAUUUAAGCCUGUGUUUAGAUUCAGUAUUAUAGUUAUAUAAACUUCACAAUCCCACUUCUAGUGUGUUACUAAGAUAGUUUAAAUAAAUUAAUGCGUGUUAAUUCAACUCGAUAGUGUAAUGUUAGUAAUUGUAACUUCACAAAAAGUUAGGAAUCGGUGACAAUGGUUGCAUAGGGAAUUAAUGUUUGGAUUUGUUUGGCAGGCCGGUGCUGCUCGCUGGCCUGUUUGCUGUGGCAGUUUCCUGUGCUGAUUGCUGUGAUUUGCAGAUCCGUGCGUCUAGGUUACUCUAACAAUGCUGGAUUUCUCCCUCCCUGGCUAUUUUUUAUUCGUAGAACUACAUAUUUUAUUAUCUGAUUUUCUUCUUAUUUUAGAGGAAAGGUUUAGUAUAUACAAAAACAAAAAUUAACAAUUUUGUUACUUAUUUUUAUAAAGACUUGUAAUUAUAUUAUAAAAAAUAAACCUUUUCUUUAAAAUUGUUAGUCAAGAAAGAAAAAGUCGGCGCAAUGUGGAUGGGACAUCUGGAUCAAUUUAAGAUAAAGAUUUUAAAGGAAUUAAAAUAACAGAUAAAACCAA